AUGGACCUCCUCACCUGUGUCAUCAUUAAUGGGCCUUUUGCUACUCUCAACAUCAUGGCUAAUUUAUUUUUUGUCUCUUGCAUGCUCCAUCCUCCUCAUGGAGCAAGAAUCAAGCAACCUCUGAAGCUUCUCCUUGGCUCCAUCAUUAUCUGCUCAAUAACUAACCAGGUUUCAGCUAUGCUGCUGUUCUUGACUCAUACCACAUUUGAAAACUUGCAUUUUGUGCUUGCUUCAUGUGUUGUGUAUGCCUGGAGUUUGUCCACAAGUUUGGCCUCUGUUGUUUGGCUGAAUUUUUUCUACUGCAUCCAGAUUGUACGUGUUCAGACAGCCUUCUUCAUCUGGAUCAAGAAACAUAUCAAGCACACAAUUUACUGCAUUUGGCUCGUAGAAAGAAUUUUCAGCAUCCUUGAUGUUGGUGUCAUACUUUUUGACUUUUUGAACUUAAAUGGUCUACUCCACUCAGGCUUCAGCAAUUUCACCGUUCACCCUGACAGCAAAUACACAUUUAUACAAAUACCUUACUUUGAAUUUCAGUUCGAUUUAUUUAAGAUUGCAGUCUACAUUGUACAGGGCCACUUCUUCCUCUGUGCAUGUGUUAUGAUAAUAUCCAUAAGCUCCACAUUUAUCUACCUGGGUGCACACAUCCGUCAUAUGUUAGCAAAUGGACAGAGCCUCUCCUGUCCACAUUUCAGGAGUCAGGUGAUAGUCGCCAUAACUGGCAUUCUGCAAGGAUUCCUGUUCAUCUGCUCUUCUUUGUGGACUGUGUACCAUGCCUUGGCUAAGGAUAUUUCUGAGCAGUUAAUUAACCCAUUCAUCAAUUUCACUGUCAUCAACUUUUACAUGACAGGCUCCACGAUCGCCCUCGCAGCUGGUCAAACUGUCUUCAGAAGGAGAUUUGCAGAUGUCUGGCUUAGGGCAUCUCAAAUCUGCCAAGCACAUAAAGUCCAAACAAGACCAACCCUACGGAGGUGA